GCGGGGAGAGGUUCCCGCUGCCUUUUCCGCCACUUUUUAUCCGUUUGCUGUUGUUACGGGAAGCUGAUCAGUAAGGCAAAUGAAAACACUUGGUGCAUCAAUUGAAAGGAAACAGUGUAUUACAAACUAUAUGCUGGUUACAUUUACAUUAAUCUAAUUUGAACAUGGCGCUGCCACCAGAGAAAGCUUCUGAGUUGAAACAGAUCAUUCACAACCACAUGACCAAGAUGGAUAUCCAUGGCAAGGUCCGGGGUGUCCUGGCAGAGACUGUCCGUGAUGAGUUGGGCCUUGGACACCAAAAUCUUUCCGAAGAAGAUUUAAUGAGAGCUUUGCGACGCAGAGGAAUUAUUGAUGAUGUCAUGAGGGAUCUCAGCUUUGUCCAAGAUAUGCCAAAUCGAGAAGUCAUUUCUGCUACAAAGGCUUCAAAACAUUUUGUGGACAAGGAGCCAGCAGAACUAAAGAAACCCAAUAUUGACCCAACUAGAAGAUACCUUUACAUGCAGAUUUUAGGAGGAAAGGCUUUUCUGGAGCACAUGCAGGAAUCUGAGCUUUUACCGGGACAGGUGUGCUCCACCUUUACCUUGUACCUGCACUUCCGGAACCAGCGCUUCCGCUCCAAACCUGUCCCAUGUGCCUGUGAGCCAGAUCUGCAGGAAGGAUUCCUCCUGGAAGUCCAAAGGGACCAUCUUGGUGAUGGCAAUAAGAUGGUGGAUGCAAUAACAAUGCUGUCAAUAAGGGAUCCAGUUCACAUGGUUCUUAUCAAAACUGACACCUCCAAUGAAAGAACAUUGGUUGCUUCCUGCUUUCUGGACUGGCAGUCAGUUCUGAGCUCACCAAAUGGGAGAACUAGUUCAGCUGUGGAGCUUUUGGGAGUAGGCAGUGAGGCAAAAGUUCUAGUUGGAAUCCUAAACCUAAAGCUGGAACUCCUUCCACAGCUGAACCAGACACUCACCCAGGAAGUAGUCAAUGCACAGCAAACUUUAGAGCGACAGAGAACUGCUGAGAAAGAGAGGCUGUUCCUUGUUUAUGCUAAGCAGUGGUGGAGGGAGUUCCUACAGAUCAGACCUUCACACAUCACAAAACUGGUCAAGAUUUUUGCUCAGGAUGAGAAUGGUGUGAAUCGACCUGUCUGCUCCUACAUCCGACCACUACGAGCAGGACGUCUGCUAGACACUCCACGACAAGCUGCCCGCUUUGUUAGCCUGUUAGGCUAUGAGAAAGCGCCUGUUGUAGGAGGUGGGGGGAAGCAGGAGCAGUGGUGCACCCUACUAAGUUUCCUUUGUCAGAAUAAGGGUGACUGUGAGGAUCACGCUAACCUCCUGUGCAGUCUCUUGCUUGGCUUUGGACUGAAUGCCUAUGUGUGUGUGGGGACCACAGCAAAAUCUGUGCCUCAUACCUGGGUAAUGGCAUGUGGGACAGAUGGGACCAUUACGUUCUGGAACAGCUUAACAGGGGACAGAUACAUACACAAAUCUAACAACCCAGAUGACCCACCCCUCUUACAACAACAAAAGCCUACCUACCCAUAUAGAACUAUAGGCUGUGUAUUCAAUCACCAGAGUUUCUUUGCCAACUGCCAACCCUCAGAUGCUGUGGAGCUGUGUGAGUUUGACUUUCAUGAUGAAUCUAAAUGGAAGGCAAUGAGUGAAGAGGCCAUCAUGACGGUGUGUGCUCAGGGAUCUACCACCUCCUUGCCCCCUUUUCCACCCUUAUGUGCCUCAGUGAUUGAUUCAGCAGCUGCAAGCAAUGAAAUUGAGCUGGAGAUUAGAAACAUGGUUUCUGAGCACAGAAAGGAUCUGGGCUUGGCUACAGUCUGGGAUGACCAUCUCUCAUACCUUUUAUCGCCUGCGUUGUCUGCAUAUGAGAUGGAACGUACAACUGGUAUCUCCUGUGGCAAUGAAGAGUUUCAGGAUGCAAUCAGGAGAGCAGUUCCUGAUGGGCACACAUUUAAGGGAUUUCCAAUCCACUUUGUUCACAGAAAUGCUAGAAGAGCAUUUUCUACGUGUUUAAGGUCUCCCUUUUGUGAUGAAAUCGUUUGCUGUCGUGGAGAUCACGUACGGAUUGCAGUUCGAGUGAGAGUCUUUCCCUACCCCGAAUCAGCUUGUGCAGUAUGGAUUAUGUUUGCUUGCAAGUACCGCUUGGUGCUGUAAUAUUCUAUGAAGGAUGCUUUAUAAUGAGUAUAGAAAAUAUCUAUUUUUGUAAAAACUAUGACUUUAACUUUAUAAUAAAUGUAUUCUAAAAUUAAA